UUAUAAUUGUUUUUAGUUGUUACCCAGACUGUCUAUAGCUAUAGCCUAUGUGACGGUUAGUCUGGCAUGGCAAGCUUUGUAGGGAACUGUCUUGGCUACUUGUGGGUAUCUCUCCUGUUUGGUUUGUCUGUAUCAGUAAUCGGAUGCUUCUACAUUCCACUUUUCAAUUCUGAGGAAACAGUGAAAGGCAAGGAGCCAAGAGAGUUGGAUGAACGAACAUUAUAUAUCCUAAGCACCAUACUCAUUCUACCAAGUACGGUGUUAGUCAUCAUUGUUUGCUGGAUGAUUUCAAAAGCUGAAGCUCAACAUGACGUCACAAGACGUAGUUUUGCAUCCUACAUCUUGAUAGGAGUUGUUAUCUUUGCACUUGGAACGGCUGCAAACGUUUUUAUCCAGGUUAUGGCUGAUGUGCAGCUGCACAUGAAAUCUGCAGAAAUUCUCACUAUAAAUUGUACUAACAGUGACAGCUGGGGAGAGAGCAUGGAAGAAUGCAACUGCAUUUCUUAUUGGCAAAUCAUCCACCAUGUGACCAAGUUGCUCUUUGUAAUAUCUGAAACUGUCUUCUUAAGCCUUUGUGUUACUAAACACCUUGUACCAAAAUGGUGGUUGCAACUGAUGAUGGCUAAUCUUCUUGUAAUUGAUAUAUAUUUGGCCAUUUGGACUUGGGUUUACAAGUUUACAUCUGAACAUUCUCAUAAUGAAGGUGAACCUCAUCUUUACCCUGACUUUCCAGGUGUUCCUGAAUCUCUUCAAUAUGUCUGCAAAAACUUAUCUCUAAUGUUACCUCUGUACAAGAUUCGUUCUAAGUCUAUUCCAUGGUUAUAUCCAUUGCAAUCUGAGUUCUUCCUGUGUGCUGCUGGAUUAUUGUUGAACUUUUGGUUUCACGUCCAACACCCACAAAAACCACAAGGACAAACUGGAGAGAUGGACUUGCUGAGCACUUCUGUUAACACAGAUGUUACUAUCGGUCAAUCUCGCAGACAGGCUCGUGUACGGGGUAAGGGUCUAUGCAAUGGAACCAUCAUCAGUUCAUUACUGGGAGCAUGCACUGGUUUGUUCUUCUUUGUGAUGGUUCUUAUCUUAGGAAUUAUAGAUCUACAAGACUGCAACAAUGAGAACAAACACACUGGUAGUGCAGAUCACAAUGAUACCUACAGUAUUUCCACAAAGGUGGCAAUGGAGUGGCACAGUUAUCAAUGGAUAGGAUUUCGAAUCAUCACCAUCACUAUUACUACGGUUGUUUUACUGGAUCUGUUCUGUUUUCAUAAAAGAAGACAGGAUGUUCAUUCUACAGUAGAUAUGUGGGUGCUUGGAGUGUUCCUUCCAGCUGUAAUAGUCUUUCAGCUAUCACAACUAAUCGCUGCAGCUUAUCUGCAACCGUCAGAUUGCAGUCCUCGCAUUCAUGGUCAAUUGGUGAUAACAACAAGUGUUAUGGCAGUCUUGGAUGGCCUCCUUCAAACUGGUUUGGUAUUUUGUGGGCCACAUUUCUCUUGUGAUCUCAAAUCACGUAGCCAUCAAAGCGAAGAUGUUGAAAGGACUCCUCUCGUUCAACAUGAAGGUCAUUGCUGUCUUGCCAAGCAUCUUCUCACCUUUCUGGCCUUCUGUGAUUUGUCUGUGUGGUUGGUUCGAUCAUUGGAAGCUAUCAACAAACAGCUUCGAAGUCGAUCUGCUUCUUCUCAGUAUUUUGGGCCAAACAUAUGGCCAAACAUUGCCAGUUUUAUUUACCCAAUUCUUGCCUUGUUUUAUUUUCACUGUUUUGCAUGCUUGCUUGAACUUCAUCUUCUUCUUAAACCCAAACCAAAGAGGUCAUGAUUAUUGUUUUAGAAGCUGUCUUAAUAAUCAUGUCCGACAUUGCUCUUCUGCUUUCUACUUGUACAUACCAACCAGAAAGUGGCAACACCUAGUUUAGAAAAAUGUAGGACUUUUGCUGGUGAACGCGCUAUGGAACAAUGCUUCAGUGUUUUAAGUAUAUAACAUGUAGCAGCUAGUGUAGUGCUGUGGCGGGGGUUAAGGGUGGCUAUAUAUAAAUAUUGUACUUGAUACAGUCACCAUGAUACUCUCUCUACGUAAGCAUCUUCACCUAGUAAAAUAACUACAACCUGACUGAUGGACUGAUUUACUUUGUCGUUUGUAUGCAUACUAGCUAUCUGUACAUGUGAUUUAUGCAACAACCACUGCAGCAGGAGACAAAGAGGCAAAACGUGCAUUUUUGACAAGAAAUCAAACAAGUAUCUAAAAGUCACUAGUCUGUACCACAUGCACAUGAACACACAAACACAUCCAAGCAUGCACAUACUGUGGAAGUACGGAACUCGGACCUAGUCCGGGAACCCGAGUAAGAGAGGGUGAGCGGGAAUAGUAGUUUUAUCUGAUAUAUAGAAUAUAUCACAUUGGCGACGAGGAUCAACAAUGGAAGAGGAGCAAGAUCACGCAACGGAACCAGAUCCAACGGUAUUACACACAUCAAGUCAGCACCGUAUCACCCCGCUUCAAACGGGCUUGCUGAACGGAUGGUACAAAUGUUGAAACAAGGUUUGGAAAAGAUGGAAGUAGGAACGUUUCAGGAAAAAUUACAACGAGUGCUAAUGGCCUACCGGAACACGCCUCACACGACAACGGGAAUAACACCAGCCGAGCUACUCCUUGGGCGAAAACCGCAGACCUCAGUAGAUUUGGCGAAACCAAACAUUGCAGAGAGAGUACGUCGAAAGCAAAGUGAGCAGAAACAACAUCACGACAACAAGGCUCGGAACCGGUCAUUUAGCACACAACAAGAUGCAUAUGUCCGCAAUUUCGGAACUAGUUCCCAAUGGAUUCGAGCACAGAUUCGAGAACAGCACGGUCCUUUAUCGUUUACUUGCCGGCUGCAGGAUGGACGUAUCGUGAAACGGCAUCAGGACCACAUUAAAGCCAGAUACAAACGUGAGGAAAAUGUGGCGGACACCAAUUGCACACCGGAGGACAAACGACCAGUUAUAUACGAAGGAGAUGUUGGCGAGCCCGCGGCACACGCGCAAGAGAAACAAAAAGAGACCCAUCAACAAACGGGGAGAGACAAGAAGAGACCCAUCAACAAACAGAAGAGCGGAGGGGAGAUUCUCAAGGAAAGGAGGGCGAACAAGUUUCGGCACAGACGCCGGUACAAACAGACAACCAGACAGAGAAGGGGGAAAUCCCUCCAAAGGGGAACAACGAAUCUCGGCUCAGACCAGCGGAUACUAUUAGAACGGAAGAGAGGGAACCCCAAAUGACGGAACUCUGGAGGUUGCAACGAGUGAGGAAGGCACCGAAGAGACUAGACAUAUAAGUAGCUAACGAGAUGACUUUAGUGUUGUUGUUUUUAGAGAUAGCUGCAGAGAGUACACUUUUGAGCAGUUAACAAUAUGACUAAUUUUUUGUUUUGUCUU